CAGUGGGUCAGCCAGCAGAGCGCUUCCGGAGGCGUAUAAUCCCCAUCUCUAAGCGAAGUCCUAAUACAGUCAGGAAGGAAUUGCUGCAACUCACCUCAAGGGAUCACAUGCAAAUUGCGACCGAGAAGUCCACCUUUAAGGGAAAGCUCGGACAUGUAGAGAAAUGUCUGUUUUACGUCUCUCACUGGCUUGAUUGUGUAAAUAGCCAAAUCUGACUGACAAGCGGAUUCUCUAUAAUGUGACAGCUGCUGUCGCCUUUCAUCUAGUUGGGAGAAACUACGGGCGCAUCCUGCUCGCGUUUUAUUAUUUCAGGACAAUGGUGGCAUACAGCCUGGCUUUAACUUUUAUUGCUGUGGCUGUUUGGGGGGUCAGCGGCGAACCACUGCUUACUCCUUCUUCUGCGACGCACUUAAAUUCAACAUCAUCCGUCAUCAGCCAAGAUUUACUGACAAACAAUGCCACAGAUGCUGCCGUGGGAUCCCGGAUUUCAUCUUUAAUGACGUAUCUUCCGACCCUGAAAAACAUUGUUAUUUUCAUCUGCGCGUUAACAGCUGUUCUCAUCACGUGCCUGGUGGUCAAAGUGAUCAGAUCUGGCAGAAGAAUCAGGAAGACGCGGAAAUAUGAUAUCAUCACUACACCUGCGGAGCGGGUCGAGAUGGCUCCUCUCAAUGAGGAAAACGACGAUGAGGAUGACUCAACCCUCUUUGAUGUCAAAUACAGGUGAAUACCAGCAUGGGUGUCAAGGUUUUUGAGUGGAUGACUCCCAGUUGGCCCAGGACAAGUGAUUUCCUGCAUUAUCUUUAAUUUUUUUUUUUUUUGUGUGUGUGUUUCCAAGUCUUACCAUAUCAGCAACUUAUGCUGUCUGUGCAUGGCUUGUAUCUGUGGUUAAAUAGUGUUUUGACAUCACUGUUUGCGACUAUGCUUACGCUUCUAUCAUGUGAGCCAAAUAGUCUGCCCGGUUAUUUAAUAUUAGAGAGAAGGAGCCUUCAUGUUGUGACUCCUGCACAUGAGUCUUUCAGGAAUCACUGGUCUGGAGUUCAGUCAUCGCCGUAACACUUUAGUACAUGGAAGUAAUAUUUUCUUUUUUCAUGGUCAUUAUUUUUCAUUUGAGCUGCAGUAUCAGGACGAAUGUCUGCUUUGAAGCCAUGUCAGUAAUGCAGGGUUAAUCACACUUUAAAUAAAUAAAUACGCAGUGGUCACUAUAGGCCACCACUUGAUGCAGAAAAUGUUCAUUUACCAAGAGUACUUUUUUCAACUGUAAAAUUUAAUCAAUAUUUUUUUUAACCAAACCAAAUAUUAUAUCUACUACCCACUUUAUUGUGCAUAUAUACUGUUAAAGGCUUUCUGACAGGAGUGAGUAUAUAUGUGUAUAUAUAUAUUUUUUUUUACCAUGUGUUGUUUCAGACAUUCCUAUUUUGCUGCUAUCACAGCUGACAUUUAUCAAAUUUGACUAAAAGCUCAAAGGCUAUUUGUAAGAUAUUUAUGGAAUAUGUACCAGUUUGCUAUGAAUGUGAACCUGUUGUUGUUAUUCGAGUGUGCUGAAACAUGCGACGAUUUCAUCUUACCAAGGAGGCGCUGAGCAGUAUCGACACCACGUGUAAAGACUGCAGUCGUGCUGCUACAGUGAUCAACAGGCGCCCAGUAUCUUAUUUUCAAGGCCAAGUUAAAGUUUGACUUUUCAGAGUCCAAAGUCCACUUACUCAGUUAAAAAUAUCCUAAAAUGUGAUAUUGCCUAGAUAAUCUAACAAAUGAAAGUCACCCCCCCCUGUAAUAUCCACUAAUGCCUAGCUGGCUUCUUCUUAUAAAAGGCAAUUUUCCCAGGCUAUGAAUGUAAUAAAGGCCAUUUUUAACAUUUGGGGGUCCUAAACAGGAUUGGUGCUUUUGAUAAAUACUAAGCCACUAUUUUAAAAAAAAAAAAAAAAAAAAAAACACCUCAUAUU